CAAACGUGCAUUGUCGGGUAUCAAAGGAGAAGGAGAGAAGAGAGUUGUAGUGAGAUUGAGUUUAUAGUUACGAGUGAGUCAAGUUUCUAGCGCAUUAUGAAAAGUAGACCCUUGGAGCCACUCGACAACAUCCGUUGAACUCUCCGGCUACUUGCACGUGAGAGGGAGCUAAAGUUAGCAAGGAAGCGAUGGUUGAAUCGGGCUCAACCCGAAGAAGAAGGAAUUGAAGAAUAAAUUGUUUUUUAAAAGUUAACUUAAUUUUGCCUAUUUCUAUGCUUCUACAUUUGUUUCAACUUCUACACUAUAUGAUCGUUAUUUUACAACACUAAAGUAAGCCACCUUUGAGCUAGAUUGGAAUAAGAUAAAAACCUAGACAUUAGGUCUCUAAGGGUAAGCCACCUUUGAGCUUAAACGUAAAGCAGUAUGCCGCGAACUCGGUUAACCAAACAUCUUGUGUAUGUGUGUCUCUCCUUACUCUUCUCUAUUGCCGUAUUUGCUUCUAACCAUGAACAUUACCUUGUCCAUCCAAAGUUGAAGAUGACUCGAUAAGGGUCAAAGCUCAUCUCGUGAAACACUUGGUUUUUAGCAACUGGUCAUCAAGCCCAACACACAUGUCCAGACAACCAAUUCAUAAUUAAUCGUGUUUUAUUUAUCUCCUUUUUAUAAAACUAUACUUGUGUGCUGCACAUAUUUCACAAUCGAAAUUCGACUAACUUGCAACCCGAAAAAUUCAAAAUCCAUAACCCAAUUGAACCCAACUUGAACGGCCCGAUUAUAACACCUCUAAUCACAACGUUACAAUUUUCAACUCCCACGGUUCCUUGCUCCCAAAGUAAAAUCGUAGAUAUCUAUCUUGUGGAAACGGGAAAAGUCGUUCAAACAUAGUGAUGAUGAUGACAUAUGAGGAAAGUAAGUCAAGUUCUGGUGCCUUGACACCCACGGCUUAUCGGCGGCUUCCUCUCUACCCAGCGACCAUUAUAUUCAUAACCAUCAGUUACUAUUUUGCAGAUCGAAAUUUCCUCCCUCCUUCCUUCCUUACUACCAGUAUAAAUAACAUUGUUGCCAGCUAACUAGGAAAUCAUAGAACAAACCCUAAACCCUUGCAAUAUUAACCAAAAACCUUCAAAGAUACGCAGAUUGUAAUGGGUUUGGUUUCUUCUUCUCACUCUGCCCCCUCCUCCAAGGUCUCCGAUGCCUCGACGAAUCAUCAUCAUCUUCAUGUUCAUGGAGAUCAUGAUCAGGAUCAGAAAUCACUUCCGGCGCCGGCGCCGGCUCCUAAUUCUAAAAGCAGCAGCUCAUCAUCAGGACAUCAUCCAAUACUAGUCCAUUACUUCCCAACCAAUUCAUACAUGUCCCGCCCCUGCCUCUGAACCCAUCCACUUCUGCUCCACUACUUCAUUUUACUCGUUUAGUUUUGAGUAGAGUGGGAUUAUACUGUAAUACUACUAUAAAUUUGUACCCUUCAAUUCAUUCUAUUUAUAUUCACUACUGCUUGCUACCUAAAGUUUUUGUACCAGUACUAUUCGAGUGAUUUAAUAAGAGUGUCAUGUUACAUCAAAAUUUGGAAGACUCGGGAGACUAGAAAUGAAGGUACGUCUCAAGUUAAAGACAUAAAGAUUAGAGUGUUAGUUAGGGAAUAUGAAUGAGCGAAAAAUGAGAAUAUUACUGAAAAUGUUUGAAAGAUUCACAAACGUAUUGAGUGAAUUAAUUAAUGACUCUUGGAAAAGUUUAGUACUCCAAUUCAGACUUAGGUGGUAAGAUUUUAAACUCCUAGGAGCAAGAGUUUCUGUUUUUCAAUCGAUUGGUUCUAUUAAUAAUUUAGAUUAACCUUUCGUGUGUAAAUAAGUUAGUUUAUGUAUCCGCACGUAUUUUAUCCGUUUAUGUAUCCGUACGUAUUUUAUCCGUUUAAAACUUCCGUAUCCGUAUUAUUGUCAAGUCGUUUCAUUUUGUUCGUUCACUUGAUGACUCUCGUAUUAAACACGUAUAAAACCCGUAUAACACGUUUAAUAUCCGUAUUUAAUGAAUUAAAUUACUAAUUUUAAUAUGAUUUAUUUAUUCAUUUAUUAUAGACAUUAUAGGUGAGCUACAGAACUUUCUACAAAGCCUUACUAAUCGAGUAAUUCAAUUGGAAUAUGAUUCUCAAAAGCAAGUAAAAUUAUGAUAGAAUUGGAUCCACGCCUAACUACACUCCCAAUCAUCGACCAAGUAUAACCUAUGACUAAGUGUAGUAUACAACAAGUAUAUUUAGAUUUACGAAACCCUGGUGGUAUGUGUCCUUACUUCAGCAAACUACAAAUUUUCUAGCAGUAGAAACGUUGUUUUAAGCUAUUUAACUAAACCAACAAGAAAAUAAAACAAGGUUAAAUUAAAGUGAGAAAGCUUCACUCCGAAGAUUAUCCCCCAAGUCCCGUGUUGAGAUGAUGAAGUGAUACUCCAAUGUGAUUUGCAUAUUAUAUAUACCGUUACGAGAUCAAAGCUAGUUCUACUCCCCUAGUAUCUCGUUCUCCUUGGGACUCUUGCGGUAAUGAGGCUGGUUCGGCAAGCUAGAAACCAGGUCAAGUCAAUUCGAUGUUAAGUAACUCAUUGGUCGCGAAAUCGAGUUAUAAUCCUAGGAUGCCCUAUGGUCAUAUUCCACAAGGUCUUCUGAUGCAAAAAUACUCGAACUAUACCAUCUAUGCUACACAAAAGAGAAGAGACUCUUUAAGGGGUUUCACUCGAAUAACAAGCAAUGGAAAUUAAAGCAAGGAAAAGUA